AUGGCUACAGCAGCGACCACUACUAAUGGCACCGCCACGAACGGCUCAGCAACCCCGGACAUCACGCUUUACACAAACCACGCCUGUCCCUGGGCGCAUCGAGCACACAUCGCUCUCAAGGAACUCGGCCUACCGUAUAAAGAGGAAAUCAUCGAUUUAGACCGCCCUCGCGAUCCGUGGUAUUUGAAGAUUAAUCCGCGCGGCCUCGUCCCAAGCAUCAACUACAACGGCCACAUCAUCACCGAGUCCGCCACAGUGACACAGUUCCUCGCGGACGCACACCCAUCACAACACCUGCUGCCAACAUCGGCAUCGGAAUCCAACGCGCUGUUCCGCGCGCGCGUCGCCUUCUUUGUCGACACAUUCAUCUCCAAGGCCCUCCCGCAGAUCUUCGACGGCUGGAAAGCCCAGGAAGAAGACGCCAAGGACGCCGUGGCAGACGAGAUCGUCAGCGUCGUCGUCAAGGAAGUUGAGCCCUUGUUCGACUGGGACACGAAGACCGGGCCGUAUUUUGGUGGAAGCGACAAGCCCACGCUUGCCGAGGUUCAAACCGGCCCAUUCGUUCUGCGGCUCAUCGCGUUCACGAAGCCCGAGUACGGUAUCCUGAGCCCGAAGCUCGCCGGCCUGCUGAAGGAGAAAGCACCCAAGUUCACCGCGUGGGCCACGAAGCUGGUCGAGGAGGAGAGCGUCACGUAUAUCUGGGACGAGAAACUCAUUGCCACGAGGACAAAGGAGCGCUUCGCGAAGCUAGCAGCUGCCGCCAAGGUUUAG